GGAUUUGGGUGGGAUACAAAUUGCCAUCCCUGUCUUCUUCUCAGUUCCCCCUAAAACCCUAAAAAUCCUAAUAAAUCAUCAUUUUUCCCGUCCUUCUUCGAUCGCCUCCUUCAAUCAAAAAUGGACGAGCAACGACAGAAUGGCACUGAUCAAGAACAAGACUUGACAAUGAUCAAACCCCAAAGCUUCACUCCCCCAAACGACACAUCCAACUGGCCAAUCCUUUUAAAGAACUACGAUCGUCUCAAUGUCCGUACAGGUCACUACACUCCACUCCCAUCAGGUCACUCUCCACUUAAACGUCCAUUAGCUGAAUACAUUCGCUAUGGAGUAAUGAAUCUUGAUAAGCCAGCAAACCCAUCCUCUCAUGAAGUUGUUGCCUGGAUUAAGCGCAUUCUUAGAGUUGAAAAAACAGGUCACAGUGGCACUUUAGACCCUAAGGUCACAGGUAAUUUAAUUGUUUGUAUUGACAGAGCCACCCGUCUUGUUAAAUCUCAACAAGGUGCUGGUAAAGAGUAUGUUUGUGUUGCUAGAUUACAUGAUAAGGUUCCUGAUGUUGCUAAAGUUGCUAGAGCUCUAGAAACACUUACUGGUGCUGUUUUUCAACGGCCACCUUUAAUUUCUGCUGUUAAGAGACAACUUAGAAUUAGAACUAUUUAUGAAAGUAAGCUGUUAGAGUAUGACCCAGAUAGGCAUUUAGUUGUUUUUUGGAUUUCUUGCGAAGCGGGUACUUAUGUCAGGACUAUGUGUGUUCAUUUGGGUUUAAUUCUUGGCGUUGGUGGUCAUAUGCAAGAAUUGAGGAGAGUUAGGUCCGGAAUUUUAGGUGAGAAAGAUAAUAUGGUUACUAUGCAUGAUGUUAUGGAUGCUCAAUGGGUUUAUGAUAAUUAUAGAGAUGAGACUUAUUUGAGGCGGGUAAUUAUGCCGCUUGAAGUGCUUUUGACUAGUUAUAAGAGGCUGGUUGUUAAGGAUUCUGCUGUUAAUGCUAUUUGUUAUGGUGCUAAGUUGAUGAUUCCGGGGCUUUUGAGGUUUGAGAAUGAUGUUGAGGUCGGUGAGGAAGUUGUAUUGAUGACUACAAAGGGUGAGGCGGUCGCUUUGGGGAUCGCCGAAAUGACUACUGCUGUGAUGGCUACUUGUGAUCAUGGUGUUGUGGCCAAGAUUAAGAGGGUGGUUAUGGAUAGGGAUACUUACCCGAGGAAGUGGGGAUUGGGACCGAAGGCUUCGAUGAAGAAGAAGUUGAUUGCAGAAGGGAAAUUGGAUAAGCAUGGGAAGCCGAAUGAUAAUACUCCGCAAGAAUGGAUGAGGAAUUUGGUAGCCUUGCCCACAGGAGGAGAUGCUAUAGUUGCUAGCACUGCAGCUGCAAAGGGAUCAGCUACGGAAAAUAAGGAGACUGCCGCACUCAAGAAAGAGACUGGAGAAGUUGAGGAGGGCAAGGAGAAAAAGAAGAAGAGGAAGAGUAAGGAUGAAAGCAUUGAAAGCCCUGCUGCUGAAGCUCCUGCUAAGAAAGCUAAAGUUGAAAAAGAAGAUGCAAUUGAGGUGAAGAAGGUGAAGGAAGAUAUAACUGUUGAGGAAAGUGAAGAUGAGAGGAAAGAGAAAAAGAAGAAGAAGAAAAAGAAGAGCAAGGAAGACAGUGAAGCAGAAACUUUAGUGGAAAAGGAGACAGAGAAGGUAAAGAAAAAGGAGCACAAAGAUAAAGCCGAAGCUGGUUCAUCUGAUACAGAAAAGUCUGAGAAGAAAAAGAAGAAGAAGAAAGACAAAGAGGCUAAGGAGGCAGCAGCUAUUGAGGAUGAGAGUAUGAACGGCGAGGCUGAUAGAAGUGAGAAGAAGAAAAAGAAGAAAAAGAAGGACAGAGAUGAAGAAGAAGCGUAGACCAGAAUGAUCAGAACAAUGAUCAUUUAGUACUUUCUGUAAUCAUUUAUGCAGUUUUAGCAGAAUUUUGUUUUGCUUAAUAGAUAUUUUCUUGGGUUGCAGUCUUUUGUAUUAUUGUCUACUGUAUCGUUUAGUUUUUCUGCCCUCUUUCAUUGAGAUGUUACCGUGGCAGUGUAUUUUCCCCUGCAUAUUGUCCAGGUUUUAUUCUCCUCUUUUUUAUUCCCUGGAUUUCAGAGACAUUGCAUUGUCUUAUUCAUGGAUGAAUCUGGUUAAUUGAUGUUCACAUGUAUCAUUCCUUUUA